CGACACAAGGGGGACGCAGCUGGGCGGCGCGGGCUCUGCGCGGGGCCUAGGGCGGCGGCGGGGAGCGCUCCUUAGGCGCGGCGGCAGGAGAGGGGGGCGGCGGCUCCUUGGUGGCGGUCCGGACGGCCGCUCCGUUCCUCGCCCCGGCACCUCCCUCUUCCCCUCCCUCGUCCCCCCUCCGUGUCCGCCCCGCCGGCCGCGUCGCGGAUGGCGGCGGCGGCCACGGCGGCCGCCCCGGCUCUUUAUGCCUGCACCAAGUGCAACCAGCGUUACCCCUUCGAGGAGCUCUCCCAGGGGCAGCAGCUGUGCAAGGAGUGCCGGAUCGCCCACCCUAUCGUGAAAUGUACUUAUUGCCGGUCGGAGUUCCAGCAGGAGAGCAAAACUAAUACGAUAUGCAAGAAGUGUGCCCAAAACGUGAAGCAGUUUGGAACGCCCAAGCCUUGUCAGUAUUGUAACAUUAUUGCAGCGUUUAUUGGCACAAAGUGUCAGCGUUGCACCAACUCGGAGAAGAAGUACGGUGCACCACAGACAUGUGAACAGUGCAAACAGCAGUGUGCUUUUGAUCGGAAAGAGGAGGGAAGAAGGAAGGUUGAUGGAAAGUUGUUGUGUUGGCUCUGCACACUGUCCUACAAGAGAGUGCUACAGAAGACAAAAGAACAGAGGAAGAGCCUAGGAUCUUCACAUUCUAACUCCUCAUCCUCAUCUCUUACUGAGAAAGACCAGCAUCAUUCAAAACACCACCACCAUCAUCACCACCAUCAUCACCGUCACAGCAGCAGUCAUCAUAAAAUCAGCAAUCUGAGUCCAGAACAAGAUCAGGGACUAUGGAAACAGAGCCAUAAAUCCUCUGCAGCUAUUCAGAAUGAAACUCCAAAGAAAAAACCCAAACUGGAAUCCAAGCCAUCAAAUGGAGAUAGUAGCUCUAUAAAUCAGUCAGCAGACAGUGGAGGAACUGAUAACUUUGUCCUCAUAAGUCAGCUGAAAGAAGAAGUAAUGUCACUUAAACGUCUUCUGCAGCAGAGAGAUCAGACUAUUUUAGAAAAAGAUAAAAAGUUGACAGAACUGAAGGCAGACUUCCAGUACCAGGAGUCUAACUUGAGAACAAAGAUGAACAGUAUGGAGAAAGCUCACAAGGAAACUGUGGAACAGUUGCAGGCCAAAAACAGAGAACUGCUGAAACAGGUUGCAGCAUUGUCAAAGGGUAAAAAGUUUGACAAAAGUGGGAGUAUACUGACAUCUCCUUGAGGAACUUCUUGUUGAUAAGGUUUGCAACUCAAUGUAAAUUUGAGUAAUUCUGUGGAGCCCUUAAAAUCCUGUGUAGUGGAAAAAAUAUUUUUGCACACCAGAUUAGUUGGCAUGUUUCCUACAUGUUUUUAUAAUUAAUAUGCAGCUUUUUUUAGUUACUGUUCAGAUGAAAUACUUCAACUGGCUUGAAGAAUGUUUUUAUUUUUUUGAUACUGGAAACUUUUUGCCAGCAAUAGUAUUAAACAAUUGCAUAGAGAGCAUAGCAGUGUUCUCUCUAAAAGGACAACAUGCAAUAACAAACUAGGUGUACUUUUUACAAAGCAGCAACCAGUUGUUUUAAACUACACUGAUGUCAGCUAAAAGUUUAUGAAUUUGCAGUGACACUAAACACUGAUUUCUGGCAACUGUCAUUGUACUUUGUAUCAGAAUACAAAUUUGGAAUGGAAAUCAUGGUGCUCUCAAUGAAACUUAAAACAAAAAGGCAUAUAUGGAUGUGUAAAUACAACUGUAACGGUUAUAUUCUUAGUUAUAACCAGUAAUUAGUGUUUUACAUUCUUGUGAUAGGGAUUUUCUGAGAGAUUAUCUAUUGUACAGUAACAGAGGCAGUGUGGUUUUUUGUAAGAUUUACUGUAGAUUUUUCUUGCAAGUGCCUUUCUCCAACUGUUUAUUUAUAGGAAUGUUGGUAUUUUGUACAUAAGGUUUUUAUGUUUUAAGAUCAUGUUUAAUAAAUGUUUUAUGUAAAUAUAAAUGUGUGUACAGAGGAAUCUGAAACAAAGAUCAAAGUGGCUAGUGCAGUGCUUGAAGCAGCAUUAAGAGCUAGCUAAUGGAUGGACAGUGAGUAUUGGCUUUAGAUAACCUUUGUAGCUUGUGUCUGUGAAGUGUAGAAUUUUUUUAGUGCUGCUCAUGCCAACCACUUCCUGAGCAAAAAACAAAACGUUUUUUGCCACACCAGGGUUCAGUGAUUUGUUCAUGUAUUUCUCCCAUUUGGCACAGCGCUGAUUUUAAUUCCAUGGCAGACAUUGUACUCCCAAUGUUACAUCCUUAGUGAUACACACACAACAUUGUACUCCCAAUGUUACAUCCUUAGUGAUACACACUCAACAUUGUACUCCCAAUGUUACAUCCUUAGUGAUACACACUCAACAUUGUACUCCCAAUGUUACAUCCUUAGUGAUACACACACAACAUUGUACUCCCAAUGUUACAUCCUUAGUGAUACACAUUCAACGUUUUGGGUUUUUUUUGCAAAAUUAUUCCCCACUGUCUUGAUUUUUGUACUUAGUUGUAAAUUAAUGGUGAUUCUUUUUAAUAAAUUGCAGCAUUUUUCAUUCCCUAGUAAAGAUGCGCAAUAAGAAAAGAGUAGCCAAAACUAAUGGUCUUGAAAUUAAUUAAGGAAGUGGAUGUGGUAUCAGAGGGUGAAUUGUUUUAAUGUUUUGGGUAGAUUUUGAUUCUAAACUACAUCAGUUUAAGCUUAGCUCUGCUGCUUAUGGACAUUAGUGGUAUCCAGAAUUUCCAUUAAAUCUAAGUUAGUAUACCCUAAGGUCUGUUUUCACAGAAGUAAGUUAAAAGUUGGCAUAAAGUAGAUCUGAGUAAGUAAAAAGGGUUAGUUCUGCUCUGGGUACUGAUUGGUAACAGGAUACCUGCUUGUAAGAUUAAUUGUGUAGGAUAAGCUACACAGCUUUUUAAUUAAAGAACUAGAGUUGUAGAAUGGUCUGAGUUGGAGAGGACCUCUAAAGGUCAUCUAGUCCAACCCCUAUCUCAGGUCCCUUGGCUGUCCACCCACAUACUGAACUGUGAACACCUUUGCAGUAGUUCAGUGUCAGUUUCAGCACUGACACUACUGAAUAAUUUGAAGAAAAAUGAAGCUAUCUUAUUUCCUGUGGUAUAUGUGUAUUUUUAUACCCUAAAAAUCAACUUGUAUGUUUAUAAAUGCUCUUUAAAAUUGCUAGCCUGGGAUAGAGAGUGCUGCUGUCCUUUAAGGAUACUUUGGCUGGGUUUUUUUAAUUAUACAAAUUUGUAACUUCCAUUACUUCAGUGUUAGCAUUUUGAUAAUGCUUUUUAUUUUUCAGUUGAAUGGAAACUCUGGUGAAAUCGGUUUUAAAAUGUGGAAGUGCAUAGUAAGCUAAAAUGCUUGAACUGAGAUCACUUAAUGAUACCUGUUCAAGCUGCAGUAAAGGACAUUUUAAAGGAACAAGCUGAAGUUUUAUAUUAGAAGUAACUGCCCUUAUAAAUCCAAAUCUAAAAGAUUUUUAGGGCCUUCAUGAUAUUUAGUCCUAAUUAAACACCUGCAAGUUUUCUUCUAUAUUCUCAUUUUUAACAUGAACUCUCUUUUUAAGUUGUAAAUCAGCCAACUGAAUCACAGUACUGAAAAUAGUGUCCCGGAGCUGUAGGUGAUUGACAUAAUAAACUGAUGUUCUUUAAAUGUGGAUCUGCGAGGAGAUUGUUGUACUGUAUUGUGCUUUUUUUAGCCUGUUUCCAGAUGUCGAUUAGCACUGAGCAGUAAUGGCCAUUUUGGCUCGAGUUAUUUAUGUAUUUUUAAGCCUGUGAAUAUUGCAGCCCCUUUUUAGAUGGUCUGUCUAACCACGCCUUCUGCGGUGAAGCUGUUCAGCUGUCCACUUGUAUAGACUGUUGAAAUACUGUACUGGCACACAUCCGACCAUUGACAUUUUGUACCUUUUCUAAAUGCAAUGUUUCACAAUAAAAUCUUGUCAAAACAA